GAAUACCACCAGAAAAAAAUCUCUAUCAGUCUUGAACCGAGUGUUUCUGCAGCAAUUCGAAGAAAAAAUUGUCACAUAAAUCUUCUUCAAAUAACAAAAGGAUCACCAAAAAAAGAUAAACGCGCACACACAAUAGCACGUGUUGUUGCAUCAUUGAUUGCUGCAGCGGAGUAACGUUUUGUGAAAACAACUGACGACGCCGAUGAUGGUGAUGGUUAUUCAACACAACAACAGUGAGAAAGAAUAAUAUUUUUUCUGAAUUUGGUCGGUUCAGAACGAAGAGCUGAUCAACGAUAAACAAUCAUCAUCACAAAGAGUGUCAUCUUUCUCAGUCGUGACGAAUUGGAGCAAGUUCGAGAGUUGAAGAGUUGCAGGUGGUGUUGAAUUUCAGUUAUUCGAAGUACGAGUGUCUAUUUGGAUGUUUGAAGAAAAAAAGAAAAAGGAAAUCAAUGUGAUUCAUCCAUAUCAGUUAACGGAAACACAAAGUAAUGAAGUGGUUAUUUCCAUUACCUAUUGAUUAUCUGGAAGCUAACAGUGCAGUGUAAUGAGAAAUGCAAACAACGAUUCAUUUCAUUGUUCCGGGUAGUAAUCGGAUAAAACCGCAUGGACGCCUUUUCAACGAAACGUAAGCAGCAUUACACGACCGGUGAUUUCAAUCCGCCAGCCCCAUAUUCUAAACAGACGCAGAGCAAACGGAACAUUCUCUCCAAGCAAGAGGUAUUCCGCAUGCUAGCCCCCCAACUGGACCCAUUAUCCAGGCGUAGUAUUCGCCACAAUCUCGAACAAUGGAUAUCGUUAGAAUCUCCAACAAUAUCAGUAUCAGCGACGCCCCAUGUGGUCCGUCGCUGGCUCCAUCGCAGCAACAGCAACAGCAGACUCCACAACUGCAGCAACAUUCUAAAACAAAGGACAAUAAUGGCAAUAGAAACGGUUUAAACCAUCAACCAACGAAUAAUAGUGGCAGCAGCAGCAGCAGCGGCGAUGGCUUUAGAUGUAAGAGUGGGAGCAACAACGGCAACUUUGCAUCGACCCCUAAGCAAUCGACACAGCUGGUUCCGGGAUCCGGAUCCAUUGGAUCGUCUGGCGGAUCCUUCAGCUCGACCGGCCAAGUGUCUAGUGAUUCGGGAAAUAGUUCCUGUGUGAGUGGGAGUAGUGGUGGAACUGUUCUCGAUGACCCAGAGACAAAGAAUUCUAGCUUCGGAAGUUGUACCAGUGCCGACGUAUUGGCGACCACCGACGAUGGCGCUGAAGAAGACGAAGAAGAACGUACUGGGGAACGGGAUGUUCUACUGAAUAGAAACGUUUAUGUGAAUAAGAUCUACGACGAUGGCUUGAGCAAGGGGAAGAAUGUGAACAGUGUUGCCAGUGAUACGGUUAACAAACGGGUUACUCUGGAUACUCAGAUCAGUUCGACCGAUACGGAUGACAACGUGGAAGAUGCUAAGCCACUGCUCCAGAUGGAUAGCGAAACGAAGCGUAAACCGAAAAGUAUUGUGAAGAGUCCUUCUAAUUUAAGCUUCAAUAGGGAGUCAAGUGCUCAAAAGCCGCGACUGAAUUUGCAGUUUCAGCAGCCGCUGGAUGACGUGAUCACCGAUCGUCCGGUGCAUCACGUUCAGUUUAGUAAGGUAGAGAAUGGGUACUACAGCCGUGCAGCGGUCACCGAUGAUGGAAUCCAUGGUUCCAAGCAACCCGUUUGUUCUAGUCCCGUGGGAAGUAUACUGUCACAUGGAUCAGGAUCUUCCAGCACGUCUUCCUCGAAUGAAAAUAGUUCCCUCGGUGGAUACGCAGAGGCUCGGCCACCCGACGGUGGUUGGGGUUGGGUUGUGUGCUUCGCUUCCUUUAUGGUCAACCUGAUCGCCGAUGGCGUAACGUUUAGUUUUGGAGUGCUGUAUGUGGAACUUUUGGAUUACUUUGGAGAAGGAAAAGGUAAAACGGCCUGGGUUGGCUCCCUGUUCAUGGCAAUGCCGCUGCUAUCGGGACCAGUGGCAUCGUUUCUCACCGAUCGCUACGGAUGCCGAAACGUGACGAUAGUUGGAUCGAUCCUUGCUAGCGCCGGAUUCGCCAUAUCGGCCUACGCCGACAGUAUUGAAAUGCUGUACUUGACGUUCGGGGUGCUGGCCGGAUUCGGUCUGAGCUUGUGCUACGUGGCCGCAGUCGUCGUUGUGGCGUACUACUUCGACAAGAAGCGUUCGUUUGCUACCGGUUUGUCGGUGUGUGGUAGCGGUAUCGGAACCUGCAUUUUCGCAAAGCUCACCCAGAUAUUGCUUGACGAAUACGGCUGGCGAGGUACAACACUGAUCUUGGCCGGGAUCUUUCUCAACAUGUGUCUUUGUGGCCUUCUGAUGCGUGAUCUCGAGUGGACCACGUACAAAUCCAAACAAAAACGUAAACAACUGCAACAGAAGGAAGCAGAUUCGUACUCUGUUAGUAAUUCAACGAAUACGGCAGGGACGGCUAGUAAUCUGAAUGCUACCGAUGCAACACUUGCCGCCAACGGUGGAGCUACGAGCAACGGUAAAGAACAACUUGCCCCUGGAGAAGAGAUCGAUCCACGCCUGUUCAGCUCAUUGAUAACGCUUCCUACCUUUAUUAAAAACGGCGAAAAAGUACCAGUCGAAGUAUUAGAGCUACUCUACAAGCAACGAAAUGUGCACGAGCAUGUUUUGCAAAACUAUCCUAAUCUGCUACAUUCUCGUAGCUUCAGUGAGCCACUAGCAUCUAAGAGUAACGAACAGUCAUCCGAAAAGACUGGCGAUGACGGCCAUAACGAUCAGGUCGUAUCGGAAGAGUCCAAGAAGGAUCCUCUGAACCUGCCCCCGGGAGAUGACGUUGAGCAUCACCACCCAUUCCUACGACGUGCCCACAGUCAUAGGCCUACAGGUUUGCGCACACCAACUACCGCCUAUCUGAAGGACCUACGGAUGCACAGGCACUCGCUGACCUAUCGCGGGGCCAUGCUCAACAUCCAGCGCUACCGACUGCGGGCUUCCUCCUGUCCUGACAUCUACCGAAACUCGAUGACGACGAUCGCCAAGGAGAAAACCGCCUGGUAUCAGGGGAUAGAUGAGUUCAAGACACUGCUGGUCAGUAUUUUGGACCUUUCCUAUUUCCGUGAUAUCCACUUUCUGCUGUUUGCGGUCUCGAAUUUCCUGCUGUACACCUGGUACGAUGUGCCGUACGUGUAUCUGACGGACAAUGCGACUGAGAUGGGUUUCACGCCGUCCCAGUCGUCGACGCUGAUUUCGAUUAUCGGCAUUGUGAACAUGGUCGGUGAGAUCGCACUCGGCUGGAUGGGAGAUCGCAAGAAUGUGAAUGCCAACUUCACAUACGCCGUCUGUAUGGGUUUUUGCGGUUUGGUCACCGCUCUUGUUCCUCUUUUUACCGAUUAUUAUGCCCUUUCUUUUCUGGCGGGAGCUUUCGGGCUGUUCAUCGCUGCCAACUAUUCCCUCACGAGUAUUAUCCUGGUCGAGCUGAUCACCCUGGAGCGGUUCACCAAUGCCUACGGGUUGUUGCUUUUGGUGCAGGGCGUGGCCAACCUCAUCGGACCACCGUUAGCUGGUUGGAUUUCGGACAUAACUGAGGACUACAAUCUGGCGUUCUAUCUGGCUGGUGUCUUCAUAGCCAUUUCGGGAGCGCUGCUGUUGGUGCUGCCAGCUAUCGGACAGUACAAGAAGUAUCACCAGCGGCGUGCGUCCAAAGACAAAAAGACGUUCGAUUGCUACGGGAUGAAUCAUCUGACACUCUCGACGACGACCAAACCGAACGGCACCACCACUGUGAUGAUAACGGAGCAUUUUGUGAACGAGAAGUCUUUCCACAAGGAAGCCGCCAACAACGUCUAGAACGAAUGGUCCGGUUCGAUUGGGGGGAACAAAAACCAAGGUCUAACUUCCGGUCAUAUAAAUAUUAAUUGAAUAUCGUAGAGGUUUCAAGAUGUAAUUUGAUGGCGCUGCUGCAGCUGCGGUGGAAAAUUCACCAUCAUUGGACUAAUUUUUUUUCGAUCAGGAAAGCGUUUUUUGGGAGACGAUUUGAUUUCGAGGGAAGCCACAAAUGGCGUCCUGUACCUUAUUUUCGUGUUGGAUGUAAUUAUUGACGCCGAAGCCACCGACGAAGAUAGCAGCUACUCGAUUCGUGUUAUUGAACGCUUUAUAAAUAUUUGAUAGAUUUUUACGUUUGGACCAGAGAAAAAUGUUGUUAUGCUGUGCUGUGGCAUUGAUUUGCAGUGAUAAGCUUAGUUGGUAGUGAAGAAAAGCCAUUUCAGUUUUUUGUUUUAAGAUUUGAUGUUCAUUAUUGACGUAACAAGGCUUGAAAAAUAAAAUAAUACUGUUGAUGAAAGUUUUGUUUUAGAAGAAUGGGGGAUAAAACGGCAACAGUAAAAAAAAGAUCCACAAGAAUACUUUUAAAUCAUUAUCAGGCAGCCAUUUUUCGAGGUCGCAUAAUGAUCGUAUAAGCCCCAUAAAAGGAGUCAAUCUUAGCAGUAAUAACAUUGUAUGUCACUUUUAUGAUGCAUAUACAUACGACUCUGAUUUAUGGAAUCUGUACAAUCAAUAUGUGACUUCAAUAUAAGCUAGGUUUACUCGUUCCUUGUUUUAUAAUUUUGACUUAAUGUUCAAUAUUCAUACUAAAGUAAAACGAUGUUGCUAAACAUGACUUAUUGAAUUUGAAUUUUUAGAUUUUUUUUAAUAAUGUAACAAAUCUGCAACCAACUACAGUUUUUCUCCUUAGUCAUUUUAAUACAGGCUGAGAGUUUUUUUCAGUUAAAUUGGAAAUAAAUCCUUCAGGGAAGUCACAAACAGUUUAAAAUUAAACCAAUUGUUCGACCAAACAGCCUAGUAGAGAUUAUUGAGAGGAAAUAAUUGAAACAAAAAUAAUGAAACCAAACACACAAAGAACUAAACUUCCCAUUGCCUAGCGUUGUAAGUUUCUCAACCUUAACAUUUAGAGUAGUGUUUUUCCAAAGAUAAAUUUAAACGUAAAAUUGUAAGAGUUCCAAUUUUUUCAGUCGAUUCUUUCUUAGAGACCGUGGGGCGAUUAAAUGGGAACUAGCCGAUGGGGUGGAAAAGCUCAGGAGAUUUCAAUCCCUAGCAAUAAUGAAUAAUCGAGCGGGGAAAAAGUUCUUCAAAAUAAAGUAGAUUAAUUACAAUAAUAAUGACAUCAGCAAACAGCAGUAUCACAAAAUUAUUACUAAAGAUUAGAAUCGCUCACCCAAACUAAUGCGUAGUGCAAAGUUCGCAAGUUUUUCCCAAACCUUUUGAAUAUUAUGCAGAUUGGUAAACAGUAACAAAAAUUACACAACACACUGUACCGGAAAUAACAUGAGAGGUACGAAAAAACACUCAAAAGACAUAUAGUAAUGGAUAAACUUUAUGAAAAAUGGUGGUAAAAUUAUUGAGUAAAAACAAAAAAAUAAAUGAUGGAACUAGAAGGAUGAGGUCGAAUAGAGACGAGGAAAAUAUAUGAUAUAAAUAAAUAUAUAUAUUCAUCAGCUGUGAUCAUUUAGUAAUUACAUGAUUAGGAGGACACGAUAUAACACAAACACACUGUUCUAGGUAAAUGUAAUCGAUAGAAAAACAUAAACAGUGUAAACUAGAAAAUGACGUGGAAAACUAAACAAUGUGCGAGGGCCUUGCGAAAUUUUCGAACCAACAACGGAAUCAAAAAGAAAAAAAAACAACGUCGCUAGGUUUUUGAGUGGAAUUUAUUUGAGAGUUGAAGUAAGUCAUUUUUUCAAAUUAUAUCAUUUAUUCUUAAAAUUUUAAUCUAUUGAGUUUUGAAUUCGGAAUCUCAAUUCUGAUUCUGAAUCAAAACUUUGGAAUCUGAAUUCGGAAAUUGAAUUUUUAACUUAAUCUGAAAUUUGAUUUUUGCUUCUUAUUCUGAGAAGCUCUAAGCUCUUCCACUUAAAGCUGAAUUUUGAGUUGUUUGUUUCUUUUAUAAUUUUAAAAAUUAAACUAUUUUUCAUAGUUUUGUUUUUGUCACUUUUGAUUCAUUCGUUAUUUUAUUAUAUUUAUGAAACACUUUUAAUAUUUUUAAAAUAAAAUUUCGUUCUGUAUUGUUGAUUACUUCUUACAAAAUCAAAAAAUAAAAACAAAUGGUGUGGAAUCGAGAGAAAAAAAUCAAAUCAGGUUAACCCAGAGCCAAAACAACCAGCAAAUAACGAAAUCCUCAAAACCGGACUGAAAAGACAGACAUUAUUCUACACAUGUUUAUUUUCCCCAAGUCCUUUUCCUAGAAACAGAAGACGACCAAAUUAUGUUCAUAAAAGAUGAAUUGUGCUUAUAUUUUUGUUUGUAACUGUACAGCCGCCAGAAAACCGAAAAAGACAUUGUGUAAAUAAUUUUACCAAAUUGUAAUUUAGUGGGGUAAUACUUUUCGGUUAAAGAAUUUGUACAGCUUGGGUAAGUUUCAUUUUUUGAGUAAGGAACCGGCUCAGACGUGAGCUCAGAGAAAAGAUUGAGUUUUUAGCAGUAAGGAUUCAGUGUGUGAAAACAACUAAAACGGGAGGUUAGAAAUGAAUAGAUACUAUGCCUAGAACCAAAGAAGAAGAAAGAGCAAGAGAGAGAAAAAAGUAAAAAAAAAACAGAUAAAUACACCAAUUGUAGGGUGAACCAAGAGAAUGGAUGCAAGAAAACAAAAUAAUAAACCAAUUAAUUCUAAUUAAUAUUAUUUUUAUGAAAUUGUAAGGAUAAUUAUUAUAUUUGAAAUCUAGUGAACAAAAUUAUGAAAUUCAAUAAAGUUCGUUCGAAUCGAA